GCCUCGCCGGGCCGCCAUGCCCGGUGACUCCCCGGCCGUCAGCAAGCCCCCGGACGGCGCCGGGCCGGGGGACAAGGCGGGCGGCCUCGGCAAGGCGGCGGCCCAAAUGGCGGCCGCCCCGGCGGCGGGCAAGAAGCUGCCGCGUCUGCCCAAGUGUGCCCGCUGCCGCAACCACGGCUACUCCUCGCCGCUGAAGGGGCACAAGCGGUUCUGCAUGUGGCGGGACUGCCAGUGCAAGAAGUGCAGCCUGAUCGCCGAGCGGCAGCGGGUGAUGGCCGCGCAGGUUGCACUGAGGAGGCAGCAAGCCCAGGAAGAGGAGCUGGGGAUCAGCCACCCUGUACCCCUGCCCAGUGCCCCUGAGCCAGUUGUCAAGAAGAGCAGCAGCAGCAGCUCCUGUCUCCUGCAGGACAGCAGCAGCCCUGCUCACUCCACGAGCACGGUGGCAGCAGCAGCAGCGAGCGCACCACCAGAGGGACGGAUGCUCAUUCAGGACAUCCCUUCCAUCCCCAGCAGAGGGCACUUGGAGAGCACGUCUGAUUUGGUUGUGGACUCCACCUACUACAGCAGUUUUUACCAGCCAUCCCUGUAUCCUUACUAUAACAACCUGUACAACUACUCCCAGUACCAAAUGGCAGUGGCCACUGAGUCUUCCUCAAGUGAGACAGGGGGUACGUUUGUAGGGUCAGCCAUGAAAAACAGCCUUCGAAGCCUCCCAGCAACAUACAUGUCAAGCCAGUCAGGAAAACAGUGGCAGAUGAAAGGGAUGGAGAACCGCCAUGCCAUGAGCUCCCAGUACCGGAUGUGCUCCUACUACCCGCCCACCUCAUACCUGGGCCAGGGGGUUGGCAGUCCCACCUGCGUCACACAGAUACUGGCCUCGGAGGACACCCCCUCCUACUCAGAGUCGAAAGCGAGAGUGUUUUCGCCGCCCAGCAGCCAGGACUCGGGCCUGGGGUGCCUGUCGAGCAGCGAGAGCACCAAGGGAGACCUGGAGUGCGAGCCCCACCAAGAGCCCGGCGCCUUCGCGGUGAGCCCGGUUCUCGAGGGCGAGUAGGCGCGGCGUCGGGCGGCUGCUGCGCGGCGUUCACUGUUGCCUUGUUCUGUUGGGGGUUGCGGGGGGGCGUUGGGUUUCUUCUUUCCGGGGCGGGGGGGGCACGGCGGGGCCGCGGCCGGGCCGGCGGGGCGGGGCGGGGCGGGACGGGGCGGGGCGGAGCCGCGCGGGGGCCGCAGUCCGGGCCGGGGCCGCCGUCGGGUCUCGGCCCGCUCCCGUCGGGGCGGAGCGUCCGACGAUCGGCCUCCACGAAACGCGGUGCCGUGAUGUGUUUGUAGUGGUUCCUCGUAGGCUCCAGACGUUUUCUCCUCGUAUCGCCAAAUUAACGCGUUUUGCAUAUUACAGUUGAGUGCCUCGACUUAGAUUGCAAUAUAAGCGGCCAGCAAACAAGUCUCAAAAAAAAGUUACGUGCGUUUCUGCGAGUGUUAUUUUGUUAAGAACGGCUCACAGUGUCCUCUUCCUGUGUUACAGAAGCCAACCUGAAAUGAAACUAGUCUGGAAAAAUUCAUUGUUCUCUGUAGUUGCAGCUGUACCUGAAAUAAAAAUGUUAUUGAUGACUGAA